GCGCGCGGAGCGCGGAGACGGCAACGGCGGCGGCCAUGGAUCCCUUCACUGAGAAACUACUUGAACGGACUCGUGCCAGGCGAGAGAACCUGCAGAAGAAAAUGGCCGAGCGACCUAAGGCAGGAACGAGACCCACAAUGCAGGCCAAGAGGGUCAGGGAGCCUCUGGUAGAAACAAGUAACCAAACACCUCUGCCUGGUGAAGAAGUGAAAUCUAAUACAAAACCAUCCCCAUCAAAGAGACUGUGCUCUGACAGUACGGAGGCUCAAGUGUCCAGUUUAGAGAAUAGACAGCCAAUUUCUUCAAGUUCCAUGAACAACCRUUCUCCUGAGAUGACUUCAGAGUUGCACRUCCCUGCUUCCAGCAGGGCUCCAUYAGUUCAAUCCCCUGAGAAAGGUAAAACGAAUGCCAAGACAGAAACUCCCGCAGCCCUUUCGGUCAAAACACGUAUGCAGAAACUGGCAGAACAGCGACGUUGUUGGGAUAACGAGGAUCCUUCUGAAUGUGCACAUCUGUCUCCCCUUCAGUCAAAAGAGGUGUCUGUUUCUCCACCUAAGCAGCCCUGUAUUGCCCCGGCAAGUGACACCCCUAUUGGGAGAAGAGGCCGUUUGGCCAACCUUGCUGCUACAAUUGGUUCCUGGGAAGAUGACCUAAGUCAUCCAUCUGCAAAGCAAAACAAUGCACAACAACAGCCUGGUACUACUUGUUUAUCCAAAUUGUCCACUACAAGUGGAGCAUCUGCUAGAAUCAAUAGCAGCAGUGUAAAGCAGGAAGCURCAUCCUGUUCUCCAAGGCUCGUUGAGGCUUCUAUUAAUAAACCAGCAACCUCAAAGAUAGCGGAUCCAAAUACAAAGCCCUCAAGAGACACCAUUCUCAGAUCUAAGGAAUCUGAAGUACCAUCAUCGCCAGCAGAGAAUCCCAGCAGCCUGCAGAAACCCGAAGAAACUAAACCAACAGUAAAAUCAACUGCGUCACAACCAGUUCAGUCCAAAAAAGGGCUAGCCAAAGGAACACAUGUACAACUUGAACCUCAGGAUAAACCCACAACACCAGGGGGAUCAGGAAUUAAGCCCUUCCUGGAACGUUUCGGAGAGCGUUGUCAAGAACAUAGGGCACAGAGUCCUGCUACGAAUACAGCAGGAUACAGAACACCCAUCGUUACCCCAAAUACAAGGACAAUCCAGGAAAGGCUUCUCAAACAAAAUGAGAAUUCCUCUACUGCCAGUUUAGCACUGCAGCUUAAGCAGGAACGUGAACGAGAACUUGCAUGUAUUCGUGGCCGGUUUGAUAAGAGCAGUCUGUGGAGUGCAGAGAGAAAGGAAAGCUCAAAGAGAAAACUUCCAGAAACUAGAAUGGAAAACCAGUCUCAGGCUAGUCCAAACCAUCCUCCUUGUUCAGAAGACACUGCUUCUGGGUCAGUGGAUGAUGCAUCGGCUGAAGAGAAGCCAGUAAAGUCUCCCAGUGUGGAAUCUUCAGACAUUCCUAAAUGCGAAGAGACUGAUAAAUCCAGUCCUUUGAAGACUGUGCUGACCAAAAGCCCUAAAAAAGCGACGUCUGUCUCAAAACUUGAGCAGCUUGAUGUGAAACAGGAUGAUGAAGGUGAGAUUGAGAAGAGUGUGGAUGAUGAGCUGAAUAGCUCAAGAGUGAUAAAUGAAAUUUUUGAAGUUCUUGAAGAGGAAGGUCCAGACAUAGAAAAACUAAAGAAGGAAAUGAGCAUAAGCUUGGAAGGUGAAAGUGAUGAGGAUGAGCAGGAGGAGUCACUAAACAUUUCAUCAAUGUCUCUCUUAACUCCUUUAGUGGAAUCUGUUGGUCCAGAGGUGUUUAUUUCCCCUUCUCAGUCAGUUGGUGAGGGCAGCAGUGUCAGCGAAGCAAGUCUGMAAUCUGAUAAGUUCCAAAGGACUAAAGUCCCCAGGGCAGAGUCAGGAGAUAGUAUUGGCUCUGGRUCAGAAGAUCGUAACCUCCUGUAUAGUGUUGAUGCAUAUAGGUCUCAGAGGGUUAAAGAAACAGAUCGUCCUUCAAUAAAGCAAGUYAUUGUUCGCAGAGAAGAUGUUGCUUCCAAACUGGAGAAGAAAAAGAAUGGCCAAGCUGAUCAAGUUAAUAUUAAAAAGAAAAUGCAGGAGCUGAACAACGAGAUCAACAUGCAGCAGACAGUAAUUCAUCAAGCCAGCCAGGCACUGAACUGCUGUUUUGAUGAGGAACAUGGAAAAGGGUCGCAAGAAGAAGCAGAAGCAGAGAGGCUACUUCUCCUUGCAACUGAAAAGAGAAGUGCUUUGUUGGAAGAAUUAAAUAAAGUGAAGAGUGAGGGACCUCAGGGUAGAAGAAAUAAAGCUGCGUCUUCUGAAUUUGCUGCAUCCAAGGGAUCUGUUACCAUUUCAGAAAUGCGUCUACCUCUAAAAGCAGACUUUGUAUGUGGUACAGCUCAGAAACCAGAAGCAGCAAAUUACUACUAUGUAAUAAUAUUGAGAUCUGGAGCAGAAAACAUGGUUGCAACUCCCUUAGCAAGCACUGCAAGCUCCCUGAAUGGAGAUGCUCUURCUUUUACUACAACAUUUACUAUGCACGAUGUGUCCAAUGACUUUGAAAUAAAUAUAGAAGUUUACAGUUUGGUACAGAGAAAAGAAGCUCCAAGCACUGAUAAAAGGAAAAAGGCAAAUAAAUCUAAGGUUAUUACUCCAAAGAGAUUAUUAACAUCUAUUACCUCUAAAAGCACCCUUCUUACCCCAGCCAUGGCCAGUCCGGGUGGCCCUAAUGCUGUGCGGACAACUAAUUUUGUCCUCGUUGGAUCCCACAAGUUAUCGCUGUCUUCGGUAGGAAAUACCAAGUUUGCACUGGAGAAGGUUCCCUUUCUGUCUCCAUUGGAAGGCCAUAUAUAUCUCAAAUUAAAAUGUCAAGUGGACUCUUCUGUGGAGGAGAAAGGGUUCUUGACCAUGUUUGAAGAUGUGAGUGGCUUUGGAGCAUGGCAUAGGCGCUGGUGUGCCCUCUCUGGAAACUGUAUUUCUUACUGGACGUACCCGGAUGAUGAAAAACGGAAGCAUCCCUUGGGCCGGAUCAACUUGGCGAACUGCACUAAUCGCCAGAUUGAGCCAGUCAACAGGGAAUUCUGUGCCCGCCCCAACACGUUUGAGUUGAUAACUGUCCGUCCUCAGCGGGAAGAUGACAGAGAGACUCUCGUCAGUCAAUGUCGAGACACGCUCUGUGUCACAAAGAACUGGCUGUCCGCUGAUACUAAAGAAGAGCGUAACCUCUGGAUGCAAAAGCUUAACCAAGUUCUUGUUGACCUUCGCAUGUGGCAGCCCGACGCCUGCUACAAACCUAUUGGGAAGCUUUAAACAGUGUAAGGGAAAUCUUGAGAAAAUACCUGAAAAUCCCACGAACUGCACAAAAAGAACAUGCUAAGAAAAUGUGUGGAAACCAGUCUGGGUUAUUGAAAAUGCUUUAAACGUGAGAGAGCAUAUGCCAUUAUACAGGAUUAUGUUAUGCAGUAUUUUUAUUUCACUUUAAGAAUUUUUAAACUCUUCUUAACAUUUGUGUAUGAGAGGAAGCAACUAGUUGUUUCUGAAUAUGCUAAGUAUUUAUGCAACUCCUCCUUUCUUGGAAAUUUUUUAGCUAAGUACUGUCUCCUCUUUCUGAAACAGCUAAACUCUUGCAGGAAAUCACACUUCUGAAAUAAAACCUAGUUUAAAAAGUAAGUUUACUAGAAAACUCAGCUCUCUAAAAAGGAAGAAAGCUAUGAGUUCUUUAACAAGCAUGGUGCUGAAAUGGGCACUUGAUGUUGGAAUAUUCUUUUGUAAUGAUCAGGCAUAAAAGUUGCUAGUACAUUUUGCUCUACAACAUGCAAUAUGGGUAUCUCUUGCUUGCACAGUGUUCUUGUGGUCAGAAYAAAAGAAAUAUAUUCAGAGCUCUUGAGAAUUUAUUUGCCACUUAUCAUACAAAYUGGUAGGGAUAAAUGCGUGGUGUGUGUGCUAUAUGGUUUACAGGUGUGGAAUUAUGUAUGCAGUAUAUUGCACUUUCAUAGCAAGGAAAGGUCUUGAAUACUUUGCUAGGACCUCUAUAAAAAACUUAAUUUUAGUGUUUUUACAUGUCAGUUUUUCCUCGAACUCCUGGUUUGUACAAAUCGGAUUUCUGCACCAUUCGAGAACCAGGAAUGUUGUAAAAUUAUUUUCUCCAUAAGACACUACAAUGCUGCUGUGUACCAGCUAAUGCUCUGCUGGUUGAAGUUUGGCUCUUCCUCCCGCUCAUAGAUAUGUCCGUAAAUGCAGGUAAGAAUUGUAUUUCAGACCAUCGUCAGAAUGGCAAAACUAUUCAAUUAAAAUCAAAUUUGCAAUUUUUGCAGCUUUUCACUGGCUUUAGUGAAAUACUGUCUCAUUACCUCGCUAUUGUGAAUGCAAUAGUGGAACACUUAAAACUGCCAUUGCUGUUAUAUUUGCAGUUGAAACACUAAAUUCUGUCAGCAUUACUGUUAUCAUCCUGCUAUUUUUGUACUAUUGC